AAAAAGAAAAAGUUUGGGUUCUGGUGGUCGCCAUCAAUCAGUAGCCACAGUUGUUGUUCCCUCCGGAGAAAUUCAGCCAAUUCGAAAAUGGAGAUGACCACGCAUCACACAUAGUUCUCUCUUUCUUCCCUUCUUCUACCUUCCCCAUUCCCUUUCUUCUUCUACGGGGUUUUGCUUGCACGCCAAUUCCAUCUUGAAGAUCGGUCAAAAACCCUUGUUUUUAAGGGUUAAAGGGGAGAUUGAUAAGAUGGAACAUGACGAGGCAAGCUGUCAAGCUCCCCCUGAGGGUCCCUUUCUAUGCAUCAACAACUGUGGCUUCUUCGGAAGUGCAGCUACUAUGAAUAUGUGUUCUAAGUGCCACAAGGACUUGAUGUUGAAACAAGAACAGGCUAAACUCAGUGCUUCGACUUUUGGAAGUAUCAUGAAUGGAUCAUCUAGUUCUAACCAAAAUGAAACCUUUGCCACCGCAAGUGUGGAUGAUCCAGUUAGCUUGGUGGAGCCUAAGAUCACGUCAAUGCAGGCAUCCCCCGUGGUUAUUUCUGAUGAGAACAGUGGAGCGAAGCCAAAGGACAGGCCUAGACGUUGCAAUAGUUGCAACAAGCGAGUUGGAUUAAUGGGAUUUGACUGUCGUUGUGGUAACAUCUUCUGCGCCAUUCAUCGUUACUCUGACAAACACAAUUGCCCCUUUGAUUACCGCACUUCUGCACAGGAUGCAAUUGCUAAAGCCAACCCGAUUGUGAAGGCAGAGAAGCUUGAUAAGAUCUAAGUGAAAAUCAGGCCAAAGGCGGGCUGGACCCCUUAUAAUGUGUUGAUCUUUGUCGUCGUCAUCGCCUAGAUGAUUUCUGCUUUGCUGCAUGCAUAUCUUGUAACCUGUUGUGUAUUGUUAUAUUUGGAGGGGAGGGUAUGGAAAAAUCUUUGCAUCUUUGCAGUCUGAAAGAAAAUGUAGGAAGGCAGUACGCCGGUUUCGUUGUUUUUCUUGUUCUUACAACGGUUUAACGUUAUCAACAUUAGCGUGUUACGUUACUGUAUCGUCAUAAAGUGUCUUGAGGAAUACAUAUAUGAAUGCAUGCUGCCCUUGUUUGAUUUGUUUA